AUGCCAGCGCCCUUGCCCCACCAAGCAGCUGUCGCAUCCGUGCUCUUGGAGUCGGCAAGAACCUCGUCGUCUCCGCGUGGCCAGGAUGAUCCGGCGCCGUCGUCGCCCAUUCUCGUUGGCACGUCGGGAUCGCACGAUCUGUCGAACCGAUCAUCGCCAAGGCCCGAGUCCGAGAUGGGCGACUUCUCCCAGCUCGACAGCCGCGAUCUGCGUCAAUGGGAGCAGGACGCCCAGUUGGCCCAGUCGAUGGCCCGACCUUCGAUGCUCAAUGCACUUGGUCGCACUCGCAGCAACACCGUGCUCGCGACUGGCAACGGCGUCGGCGUCGGCGUCGGCGCGGGGGCGACCCACUCGCACUCACCCGAUGCGACCGCGACCCUCGAUCAAUUGCAGCAGCAACAGCAGCAGCAACAGCAGCAGCAACAGCAGCAGCAACAGCAGCAGCAACAGCAGCAGCAGCAGCAGCAGCAGUCACACCACACGCCCCAGCGCAACAACAGCAGUAGCAGUGGCGACCAGGCAUACCCUCACUUGCACCAUCAACACCAGUCGUCUGUCUCGCGCCGCCGUGGCUCCGUCUCGCACCAGGCCAACGCGAUGGAUCACCUCGCCGAUGACUUGCAACGCGACGUGCACCAUCACCGCCAACAUCACCACGAACAUGAGCACAGCACGAUCAUGUCCGUGGGUCGGCCCCCCAUCACCCCCGCCGGUGGUGCGAGCCGACAACACGCGCUCUCGUCGGCGAGCCACCACUCGGGCAAUAACCGAUCGACCCCGUCGAGGUACGGCGCGGGGCCUUCCUCGGGCACGCCCAUUAGCUUGCAGCACACCGCAGCCGCCGCGCGCUUGUACCGUCAUCAUCGCAACGUGUCCGAGUCGUCGCUCGAUUCGCAAGGUGGCGCCUACAUCGACCAUCGUCGCCAGCCCCACUCGCUGUCGCUUGGGACGGGGGCGUCGACGAACGCACGUUUCGGCGCCUCGGCAGGAGCGGUGCCCGGCGCGAGCGUUCUGGAGCGAGCUGGAAUGGUCGCCCGCAGCCCCGAUGGCUACGGUGGCGCCCGCUUGUUGCCUAAUCCGGGACGUCGACGCAGCGAAGGAGGUACAGGCGACGACCACGACGACCACGACGACCACGACGACCACGAUGGGGCUGGCGACAACAUGGACGAGCUUUCGCUCGGCCGAAGCGCCGGCGGCCCCCACGAUUCGGACAUGGUCAAUUCGGUCCUGUCGUCGCGCACAGCUCGAGGUGGUCCGUCUCGAGCCCACGACCUGUCGAGUCGCGAUCUGGACGAACACGCUCUCAGCAUGAGCCCCGACGAACGUCACGAGCAUCGCCCACGAGCCCACCUCGACCGCCACGAUUCUCGUCAGUCGUAUCGCUCGACGACCUCGAACCGCCGCGGCGAGGGCCACCUCAUGGACGAUGACGAUGAGGAUGAUCAUGAUCACCACCACGACAUGGGUCGCCACUACUCGAAUGAUGCGUCCCGCCGAGAUUCGUUCGUCGGUCCCCCCGAAGACGACAUUUGCUUCCCCACCCACGGCGCCGCGGCCGAAGUCGAUCUCAUCGACAUGGGCCACCUCGAGGACCACCUGCAUCACCACCACCAUCACCAUGACGACCAUCAUGACCAGUUCAACGGCGGCGUGGCGGGGGUGCUGCCCAACUUCCCUUACCCCUUCGACUUUGGUGCCCUGGAGGAAUUUGCCGAUCGCGAGAAGGAAGGACUGCCGAUCCCGGGCGCGAAGCGGAGAGGGGUCAAGAUCGCCGGCGGCCAGACGCGCGACACCCUCGGUGUCUCCCCGCCGGGCUACGGCGUCUCUUCGGCGACGACGCGUGGCGGCGCUUUCAGCUCUGGAUCCGAGAGCGGCUUUGGGGGCGUGAGGCGUCAGCGCAAGCUCAGCGAGAGCGUCGCCCCGGGUCGGUACCGACGCAAGCUCGCCUUAUUCGAAGGCACCGGCGACGAUGCGGGAUCACCUCGAGGCGCCAACACUGGUGCGGCCGAUCGUGACGGCGAUGCGAACGGCGGCACGCACUCCAUCCUCGACACCAAGACCCCGCUGCUCGACAAGAACGCGACCGCUGCAGCGAGCGGCUAUGGAUCGAGGGGUGGGCCAGCGGGCGGAGGGGGCGGCGCCGCUCUAGGUGCUUCCCGGCCUUACCGUUUCUCCUUCUACUCGAAUGCUCUGCCCUCGACCAUUCAUGCGCGGUCGCUGGCCGAGAUUCCUGCCGAGAACCAGACCUUUGAGGAGCUGUUUGUGGGCCGGAGCUCGUCCCCGACAACGGCGGUCGACGAUGAGACGAGCUUCCGCCAGAGCACGGGAACGAUGGACCCCAAGUUGGCGUUCUCCCCGCCGAGCGGCACCGAGACGGGCACGCACACGCCGAACCACGAUCAUGCACCGGCGGGUGCCCACGGCGCGUCUGCCUCGGGUGCCCGACCCUCUGGCGUGCCUCAUGGUGCGCAGGCGAUGGCGGCCCAUGCGAGGAACAACUUGAUGAGGAGCGACGUCGACGCCGAGGCCAACACCUGGUGGCUCGACGUCCUGUGCCCGACCGACUCGGAAAUGAAGGUCCUGAGCAAGGUAAGCUCUCCUAGUUGGCUGUCGUCGGUAACGAACAGGGUGUGGUGCUCACUCAAAAGUUCCCGAUCCCUCCAGGUCUUUGGCAUCCAUCCGUUGACGACCGAAGAUAUUCAAAUGGAGGAGACGCGCGAAAAGAUCGAGCUGUUCCGCAACUACUACUUUGUCUGCUUUCGCUCGUUCGAGCAGGACCCGUACUCGCCGACGUAUCUCGAGCCGCUCAACAUGUACAUUAUCGUCUUCCGCGAAGGCACCUUGUCGUUCCACUUCCGCGGCACGCCUCACCCGCAGAACGUGCGCCGCCGUAUCAAGCAGCUCAAGGACUACAUCAACGUUACAAGCGAUUGGAUCUCGUACGCGUUGAUCGAUGACAUCACCGAUGCGUUUGGACCGCUGAUUCAAAACAUCGAAUACGAGGUCGACUCGAUCGAUGAGCUCGUGUUAAUUUUGAAGGAGGCCGAGCAGAGCGACAUGUUGCGGCGAAUUGGGACGUGUCGUAAAAAGGUCAUGGGUCUGCUGCGAUUGAUGGGCAACAAGGCCGAUGUCGUUAAGGGGUUGUCGAAGCGGUGCAACGAGAACUGGUCGGUCGCGCCCAAGUCGGAUAUUGUAAGUUCUUUCGCAGUCUGUGCAUGCUAGACGACAUUUAUCGAGGAAGACUGACCAUAGGUGCUUUGGGCUCCUGCAGGGUUUGUACUUGUCGGAUAUUCAAGAUCACAUCACGACCUCGACGCAGAACUUGACCCAUUACGAAAAAAUUCUUUCCCGGUCGCAUUCCAACUACCUCGCACAAAUCUCAAUCGAGAUGACGGACGCCAACAACCAGAUCAACGACGUGCUGUCCAAGUUGACCGCGCUCGGUACGGUCUUGAUUCCGAUGAACUUGGUCACCGGUCUGUGGGGUAUGAACGUCCACGUGCCUGGUGAGGAUGCGACAAGCUUGCAUUGGUUCUUCUCCAUCCUGGGCUGCCUCGGCGCGAUCGCUAUUGGUGGUGCUUGGCUCACGUACAAGGUAUGUCGAUUGCUUGCGGAAGGGUAUCAGACUAUGUAGACCCGUCACUGACCCGUGCCCCUUCUUUUUGUUGGCAGGUCUUUGUCCGAUCCAACUAG